UCAAUAACAUAGUAAAUAUUAAAAAUAACAAUAAUCACUGAAUUUAUAUAAUAUUAAUGUAAUUAUAUUUAUAAUUUUGGAUUUGGUUGAAUCCAUGCACAUUAUAUUUGUAUAAAACUUUUUUUUUUUAAAAUAAAAUAAAAUUAAAUUUAAUAAAAUAAAAUAAAAUUAAAUAAAAUAAAAUAAAAUUAAAUAAAAUAAAAUAAAAUUUAAAAAAAAAACAAAAACCAAUUUUAAAAACAUAUAGAUAAAAUAAUUUGACUCAAAUUCUUUAUAAAAACAUGUUAUUUAUUUGAAGAACCAAUAUAAUCAAAUAUACCAAAAUUUUUUUCAUAUAAAAAAAAACAAAUUAUAUUUUAAUCAGUGUAUAAUAAAAUUUUACUUUUUAUGAUAAACAAUAACAUCAACAAUACAAAACAAUAAUAGUGAUAAUAACAGUCAAUAUUUAUAUAUAUUAAAUUCUCUUUGUAUAAUAAUUUCUUUUUUUAGUUUUUAUUUUUUUCUAUAUUUUUUUUAAAAAAAUAAACCCUAAAAAAGAAAAAAAUUUUAUUUUCUAAAUAAAAUAAUAAUAAAAAAUGGUUAAUAUCAGUAAUAAUACUGAUAAUAGUAUCAGUAAUGGGGAUAAUAAUAGCACAACAAUACUAAGUGAUAGUCCUCCAUCGUCCUCGUCAUUUACAGCAAAAAGAAAGCUAGCUGGAUUAAAGAUCAGUGUAGCUAAACCAACACAAAAUGAUGGACCAUCAAUAGAAUCAAAUGCAAAUAUAUAUCUUAUACAUCAGCCAGUAUCACAGCAAACCCAACAAUCCUCACCACCACAUAUUUUACAACCACCAGCAUUAAAACAACAUUGUAAUAAUAAUAAUAAUAAUAUUAAUAUUAAUAACAUUAAUAACCAACCAUUUCAUAUGGACAUUUUAAGUCCAAGGUCAUCCUCCUCGUCAUGCGAUGAAAUUUCAGACUCGUCAUCAUCAUCUUCAGAACCAACUACCCCAUCAAAUAUUAUACCUCCUCUCACUACCAACAGCAACAAUAAUAAUAAUAAUAUAUCAACUUUAGCAAUAAACAGAAAUUUUAAUUUAAAAUUAAAUUUAAAUAAUAUAAAACAAGAUUCAAUUUUAGAAAGAUUAAAUAAUAACUCAUAUAUAGAAAAUAGUUUAAAUAAUAAUAAUUGUAUAAAUAGUCAAAAUAAUUUUAAUAAAAAUAUAAAUAUAAAUAAUAAUAAUAAUAAUAAUAAUAAUAAUAAUAUAAAUAAUCUUUUAAAUCAAGAGUCUCAACCAUUAGAAAGUUCAAGAUGGUUAGGAUGUGAUGAUACCAAUUUUACAUAUUAUGACACCAUCUGUUCUAAAGUUACAGAGUAUUUAUAUGUUGGUAGUGAGACGGUUGCUUCCAAUUUUCAAACUUUACAAGAGAAUGGUAUUACACAUAUUAUCAAUGCAUCAUCUCAGUGUAUAAAUUUUUUCGAAGAUAUGCAAUUAUUCACUUAUAAAAAACUAUGGUUAAAUGAUAGUCCCAAUGAAGAUAUAUCAAAGGUUUUUGAAGAUGUCAUAAGUUUUAUUGAAAAUGCAAGAAAGUCAAAUGGCAAAGUUUUUAUUCAUUGCCAAAUGGGUGUUAGUAGAAGUUCAUGUCUAUGUAUGCUUUGGAUAAUGAAAAUAACUCGUUGCUCACUAGAAGAAGCUUCUGAUUUAGUUAAAAUCAUUCGUCCAGUUAGUAGACCCAACGUUGGUUUUCAAUUAAGUCUAUUAAAUUGGGCCAUUAAAGAAGGUAUUCAACCUCCAAAUUCUCAUCGUACCUCUUCAAGAAAUAAUAACCCAACCAACUACACCUCUGAACAAUUUCAAGUUUUAUCUUUAUCACCCUCAUUAAUUGCCUCUUUAAAAAAUCAACAACAGCAACAACAACAACAACAACAAAAUCAUCACCAUCAUGUUUUAAAUAGAAACAAUAGUAUGCCACAAUUUAAUUUAUUACCACUCCAAUUUACUUUAAGUUCAAAUAACAAUAAUAAUAAUAAUAGUAACAAUAGUAAUAAUAAUGUUAAUAAUAAUAAAUAAUAAUUAUAGCUCUUUUUUUUAAUUAUAAAUUAAAUAUUUUAUUUAUAAUUAUAUAAUAAUGUGUAAAUAACAUCAUAAUAUUUUUUAAAAAAAAAAAAAAAAAAAAAAAAAAAGAAAAAAUAAAAUAAAAAAUAAACAAGCAAUUUGGGGAUUGUGGAAAAAGAAAAAGAAAUAACAAUAUAUAAAAAAAAAGUAAAAAAAACUAUAUAAUUUUUUUAUCUUUUUAUUUGAUUAUUUUCUUUUUCUUUAGCCUGCCUCGAUUUCCUAUUUUAAAAUAUACACCUUAUUAAUCAUAAUGUGUAUAAUAAUAUAUAUAGUC